AAGAAGAGAAAGAAAGAAGGGGUUUUUCCUUUGGCAUGUCCAUGAAGGGGAGAAGGUUCCUAUCAUUGCCUGUGUUGGCAGUGUUGUCGUUGAUGCUUUUUCUGUAUUACACUUCAAUCUUCGUCUUCCUCCAUGAUUGGCUCCAUUUGCAGAGUUCCCCUGGCGCUUUGAAUGCUUACCUCUUUUCUCUCUUCGCCUUUCUCUCUCUCUUCUCUUUCUUCACCUGCGUUCUCACCGACCCUGGUCACGUCCCUUCUUCCUAUGCCCCUGAUCUCGAAUUCUCCAAAGAUAGUGCACAAGGGAAGAAAUGUGACAAGUGCUUUGCUUACAAGCCCCCGAGGACUCACCAUUGUCGAGUCUGCAGAAGGUGUAUUUUGAAAAUGGAUCAUCACUGCUUGUGGAUAAAUAAUUGUGUUGGUUAUUGGAAUUAUAAGGCUUUCUUUGUUUUUGUAUUAUAUGCCACCAUAGCAAGUACUUAUUCUACGGUCAUAUUUAUAAGCUGUGUACUUCAGAAGGACUGGGAGCUUAUUAAAGGGAAUUCUCUUAGGAUCUUCUAUGUCUUGUAUGGAAUGAUGGUGAUGGCCUUGACCGUAACUCUUCUGACUCUUUUUGGAUGGCAUGUCUACCUUGUCCUUCAUAACAUGACAACAAUAGAGUAUUAUGAAGGAAAUCGUGCAAAAUGGCUGGCUAUGAAAUCUGGGCAGAGCUAUCGACAUCCAUUCAACAUUGGUGCAUACAAAAACAUUACUUUGAUUUUAGGUACAAACAUGCUGAAAUGGUUAUGUCCCACGGCAGUAAGCCAUCUGAAGGAUGGAGUUAGCUUUCCUACAUUACGUGAUAAUUCUUAAACCUUUCUGGUUUGGCCUAGUUCUGAAUCAACAGAAGGUCUGGCCUCUGGGUCUUGAAGUGAAGAAUUAAGAGCUUCUUCAUCUGAAUUUGAUACUCUGAAAAAGGGUUUAAAGAGAAAAGGCAAUUGAUCCUUUAAGCAAGCUUUGAAAAUUAAGCUUACGCAAUGAGUUGACAGAUCUCUUUACUGUAAAUGUUUGAAUGUCGGUCUUUCACCAGCUAGGCUCCAUCAUAGAUUGUUGAAAAUGGAAACUUUAAAGAGUUCAGAGGUUUUCUUUUAUUUUAUUCCGUACAACAGAAUACAGUUUUGGCACGUAGUUAGAAUAAUUGCAUGUAUGUCACAGAGAACUUUUUAUAGUGUUAAUGAAGAGUUUAUAGAUGUUUUCAUUGGUAGGUUCAGUCAUACUGGUUACAGUAUCCUUUCUUGUCAUCUUAUUAUUGAGAAGUGACUCCUAUUUUAGAUUUCCAGUGUAUAAAAUUGAUGAUUACACUUAUUGUAUCAUGACUUCUAUAUAUGUUCUCUGAAUGAUUUCCAUCAAAACUCAGGCAAAUACAUUAUUAUGCCCAUCUCUGUUCUAGAGAAAAAUAACAAUUAU